UUUUGCCCUGUUACGUUUUACGGACUUUUUUUUUUUUUUUAAAGAAAAUUCGUGCGCAUGUCAUCGUUAUUGCAAUGGAAUUGACGUUUUAAUGUUAUUGUCGCAAUGUUCACGUCCCAUUUUUUCACUACUUGCGUUCCUCAAUUUGUUUUUUAUAACAUUGUAAAGCAUGAGUUACUUGUCAGGAAAUCGGAAAUUAGCAAUUACUUUCAAGAUGAGGUUGACUUAAUGACGCUACGUGCAUCACAGUACUCGCGGUGAUGCGUGUGCGCGCCUGCCUGCGUGUGUGUCUUGCAUUGCCCUAUACAAUCGUUACAUUAGCGAGAUAGCGACGAAAACGCCUGCUUGGCAAGCUGUCGGAAUUUGAGGCGCUUUUGACGGCGGUGCCUCGAUGGAUCUCGCGGCUGUGAAGUGAGCUUCACGGCUCGCUUGGAGAGCCGCCGAUAACGCCGAUAAGCGGACUUUUCUGAACCUCGACGCAACCUGACGGACGCUCUCGCGCACACGGCUUUUUUUUUUUUUUAAGUUGCUGGCCGCUUUUAUGGCGGAAAAAGUAACGCCAAGAUCCAUUUUUGACGGAACAAGACGACGGACAGCGGCAGUGCGGGGCUUUCGUAUCGCGACGUUUGCGCGAUUGCGCAGCAAUGCCACGCGGGAUACUGUGUUGCGCCACAAAGGAGGGCAGACUUUAAAUCCACGCCACUGGCUCUCGUCAAAGUCUGACACCCCACCUGCACGACAAUAAGAGAGAAUGUGGCGUCCAGUGGCGUCGGCUGCCUAAACGCGUAAAAGGGGACCGUCCUCGCUCGCCCGCCAUAAAGUACGCUUGUUGUCCGGUGAGCACAGCGCCGUAGAUGCACCACAGGCUCCUUCCCUGCUUCCUGUGGCCAUGCGUGCACAUUCGGAGCGGACGCGCGCCGCAGAAAAGGACUCGGGCGCGCCGAGCCGCAACGGUUACGCGCAAACACGUGUCGUCCCACUUAGCCGCGAGCCGCACGUCUCGUCGUCGUCGUCGUCGUCGUGGUCGGGGGUGAGGCUCGCGUGGGCCCGUGCGUGGACUCGCGGCGGAGUGGGUUACGCGGCGUGUGCGCUCGUGCUGGCGGUGCUGCUGAGGUGCGCGGCGCACUGGAGCUGGGAGCUGUGCGCACUCCCGCAGCAGCAGCAGGAGCAGGAGCAGGAGCAGUUGUGCUCUCGUCCUCAGUCACUCGCGAGCAGCCUGGCGGAGCUGCUGCACGCUUGCUGGGCUGCACUCUCGCCCUUCUUCAGCCUCCUGUGUGCCUUCUUCUGGCUCGGCGUCUACCUGAUCCGCUGCGGCGUGCUGCUCCACACCGCCCUCUCGCUCCUGACCGUGUUCCACCUGGCCGAGGCGGCGACGUGGACCCUCCUGGACUGCCCCCAUGAAGUAGCUGCCGCGCUGGUGUUGGUGUGCGUGGCCGGCGGCGCACUGAUGGUCGCGCGCCUGGACCGGGGCACGUCUGUGGUCGCGGUCGUCAGCAUCGUGCGCGCCGUCACCCUCUUCUCGCUGCACAAGGUUCGCUCGGCUUGGAGGCCGUACGUGGCGUACCUGCUGGGAGUCGUGGGCAUCCUGCUGGCGAGGUAUGCUGACAGACUCCUCGCCGGCCAAGGGACACUCGAGGAGGGCUGCACCCUCGUGACAGUAGCCAAGGAAGACGUCCCUGCAUUUAAAAGGCGCAGGAGGUCCAGUUCGGUGAUAUCCACAGACAUGGCCCACACUCAGUCCAACAGCAAGUCGCAUCGGAGGACCUCACUGCCGUGCAUCCAGAGGGACCAGAUGCUAGCCCGCUCAGACUGGGAACACAAAAGAGGCUCCAGAGGAUCACAGUCGUCAGGCACUAGCGUCAUGGUGGAUAUUGCAGUGAUGGGAGAAGCACAUGGACUGAUUACAGACCUGCUGGCUGACCCCUCUCUGCCCUCCAACACCUGCACUUCACUACGGGCUGUCAGUAGCCUGCUCACCACCCAGCUCACCUUCCAGCCCUUGCACCGUCCACGCCCCUCUCCCCUGGUUAACCCCUCGGACGCCUACGUCUGCUCCGACUCGGAAGACGGACCUGAGAAGGGCGAGAAGACGUCCAUCCAUAAGCGUCUGAGGCGGAGUCUCCACCCGGGUCUCCUGAGGAGGACCUCCUCGACAUGGACCACCACCACCUCGGCCACAGGCCUGCCCACAAUUGAGCCAGGGCCUGUGCGGAGGGACCGCAGCGCCAGCAUCAAACCCUUCCAUGAAACACUCACGUGCAGUUGUGGAAGACCAUACAUCAGACUGAGCCACGGAGAAGGCUCCAUAGAUAAGGGAGACAGGAUACCACGCCCAGAGAACCAAGCGGUUGUGUCGUCGGACUAUGAUAGCACCCAUGAAGCCAACCACAGUGACAGCAGUGAUGUAGCACAAACAGAGGAGGACAUAGAAGGAAAAUCCUCCCUGAAUGUCAUUCUCCACCCGCUUAUACCACCUGAGGACAAACCUAUUCUGGCCCCAGAGCCGCUAUUAAUGGAAAAUUUAGACCCGAUGAUGAGUCAGCUAAACAAUUGGAACUUUCCCAUCUUUAGCUUGAUGGAGAAGACGAAUGGCAACUGUGGACGGAUCCUCAGUCAGGUUUCUUACAGACUUUUUGAGGAUACUGGGUUGUUUCAGACCUUCAAGAUUCCAAUCAAAGAAUUCAUGAACUACUUCCAUGCCCUUGAAAAUGGUUACAGAGACAUACCAUACCAUAAUAGGGUGCACGCCACAGAUGUGCUCCACGCAGUCUGGUACCUCACCACACAGCCGGUUCCUGGUCUGCCCAGCCUCAUUGCUGACCACAGCUCUGCUAGUGACUCAGAUUCCGACAGCGGAAUAACUCACAGUCAUAAGGGCUUCUUGGUGUCAAAGACAUACACUGUGUCAGAGGACGGUUAUGGCUGCUUGUCUGGCCUCAUACCGGCUCUGGAGCUUAUGGCCCUCUACGUGGCUGCAGCUAUGCACGACUAUGACCACCCGGGACGGACCAACGCAUUCCUUGUGGCUACCAGUGCCCCGCAGGCGGUGCUAUACAAUGACCGGUCGGUUCUGGAAAACCACCACGCUGCCUCGGCCUGGAACCUCCUGUUGUCCCGACCAGAGUUCAACUUCCUCGUCAACCUGGACCACAGGGAGUUCAAGCGAUUCCGUUUCUUGGUCAUUGAGGCCAUACUGGCCACAGAUUUGAAGAAGCACUUUGAUUUUCUUGCAGAGUUUAAUGCAAAGGUGGGUGAUGAUCCAUCUUCAGGCAUUGACUGGUCCAAUGAGAAUGACAGGUUGCUGGUCUGCCAGAUGUGCAUAAAGCUGGCUGACAUCAAUGGGCCUCUUAAGUGUAAGGACCUGCACCUACAGUGGACAGAGGGCAUUGUCAAUGAGUUCUAUGAACAGGGUGAUGAAGAAUCCAGUCUGGGUCUCCCCAUCAGCCCCUUCAUGGACCGAGCUGCGCCGCAGUUGGCCAAACUCCAGGAGUCAUUUAUUACACACAUCGUGGGACCCUUGUGCAAUUCCUACGACUCGGCCUGCCUCAUGCCAGGGCGGUGGGUGGAGCCCAAGAACGAUGACGCAGAGGAGCAUGGAUGCACAGAGAAUGAAGAUGAGGAGGACGAUACGGCAGAGGAAGACGCAUCGACAAGCUCAGAAUCGUCACAGAAAGCAGCCAAGAAGAGAAGGAAAGUGUUCUGUCAGAUCACCCAUCACCUGCUAGAGAACCACGAGAUGUGGAAGAAAGUUAUUGCGGAGGAGGCACAGAAGCAGGGCCAAGGAGCAGAGACGGUCCACGUGAACAGUGUAGCAGAGCCGAUUUUGGCUACCCACGAGGAGGAGGAGGAGCCGGGCAGCAGAGAGGAGCUGGUUGAAGGGGAGGAUCCGGCGGAAGGAGGAGAAGAACCUGAAUGGCCUGCUUCGGCACAAGAGGUGGAGGAAGCUCCACAAUGAACACGACAUUCAGCAUCUGUCAGGAUUAGGACACGUGUUUCUCCUUUUCUCAUACUAUUUACUGAAUCCUGUUUUUGUUAGCACAUCACUUUAGACACAACACUGUAGAUUGGGAAAUGUGUGCCUACAAAGAAUAAAAAAAACAGGGUGGGAAAUUUUGUGCUUUACACAUUUUGUCUAAAUAUUUGAUUUCACCAAACAUUUAAAGGAGCUUUCCGUCUUGCAAUACGAGAUUAUGCAUGUACUUUGGAAUACAGACUCUUUUGUUACUGUCAAGAGAAGCUGCGGACUGACUUCACAGACCUCAACGCCACAGUGUGGUGAACAGGACUGAUGAAAAAUUCUGCCAAUUUAUACAUAAUUAUUUUCUGAAUGCAAUUAUAUAGAGACGUCCCAAAUACUUGUGCUUCAAUUUCAGAUGGAGUUUUUGAGGGGGGGCACAAAUGGGCCAUAAUACAUUUAUGGCUUUUAAAAAAAAGGUAAAUCAAAUGAACAUGGGUGGAACUAUCAUUCCUUUUAACCUCAGCCAACAUGACAGACAAUAAAAUAUUUAUAAAUGUUAUACUUUAUGUACUGUACAGCCAUUUAUGUCCAAGCGCUGAUACUUCAUCCUCAUCACACACCCGGUAUGUUUGUGUCCAGGUGAAUAAUUCCUAAGCCUAAAACAUGAAUAAGAAUGGCCUCUAUUUUGCUGUUACACCAAGUAUUAAAAGGGAACUCUGCAAUGACGCAGCAACGUUUUAAUGAACAGAUGCGUACAAUCAAGUCAAAAUGGAUUUGCAAUAUAUUCCCAAAAGAACAGACAUAAUUAAGAAACGAUACUCUGAGGGGAAUAUUACAUUUAUGAUCAGUGAAUUAAUGCAAUACGCUUCCAUUUUCUUUCCAAUAUUUCUAAAUGGCUCUGAAUUUUGUAUCCUGUGUGUAAUAAACUCCUCCAUAUGUGAACUUUUGAUCCUCAGGAAACCUUCAACUAUUGCGAUUAGAAGCUCUUUUAGGACCUGUGCAGACAAACAUGCUGGGAUACUAUUGCAAGCUACUUUAGAUGACGUUCAUAUAACCAAGGAAGUAUAAAUCAGGGAGCAAAGUUAAGAACAACCAUAAACGCCAACUGGAUGAGUCCAGACUGAAAAAUCAGUAUCGUAAAUGUAGAGUAACGCUUCAGGAAAUUGCAUCCGAAUAUUUGCCUCAUCCAUUGUCAUAUCGUGUGUCCCUGACACCAGUGAUUUGUGUUGAAAUGCAUGCUAAGAAGUACAGAUUCUCUUUUUGAGCAGUAACCAUGGGCAAAGAAUAAAAUAUUCACAAAUUAUAAGGAUGCUUGCUAAUACAUAGAAUUAUAUGAAUGACAUUCAUUCAAAAAAAAUAUUUUGAGCCAAAAGGUCCCAAAUGAACAUCCCACUUUUGUAAAUUAAAAAAAACUGCCUGACUUGAAUAUGGACCAUGUAAUUUAUCUAAUACUAAAAGAAUAUUAAUUAGUCACUGCAUAGACUAGUAGUAGAUAUGAAUCUGGUUUGAUGUAAAAUUUAUUGUUCUUUUAUAUUAAUUUUGGCAUUUCAAUGUAUGCCACAGUGGGUGCUUCCGCUGUAAAUGAAGGCCACAGGACCAUGUGGAGGGAUUCAACUUUUUGCGAAUGUAUAUUACACAAAACUUAGGCAGGCUUUGAGUACGUAAGUGUCCAUGUCCAUUGUUGUCAGUUUCUGAUGCGACUGCCUGAUAACCGUUCCACUUAGUAAAUAUUAGUGAGUUAUGUCCUCAUGAGAUCCUUGCCUGAAAUACUUGAUCUCCAAAGAUCCUGUAUUUCUCCUUGUGCUUCCACUAUGACCUAGAAACUGCUUUGUAGCCGUCUUCAAUGGCAGCGAUUUUAAAAUUCAACACAUUUGUCACAUCACAUUUGGGGUAGAGUACAUAGCAUCGUUUUAAGUCAAUGCAUUGUUUAUAUCUUCAAUUCCUUUAGAAUUGUCACACAGCUGUAGGAUAAUGGUAAUCAUUGGAGCUAAAAGCUUUCAGGAGUAGUAGUUUGUAUUUUUAUAUGGCGGACACGUGACAAAUUUGAUUUCUUCUCACCGGGAUAUUGCACUCACCGUGUGUAUUGUCCAAAUACACAGGAUUUGUGACCCAUCGAAGAUUUUUUUCCACUUACAGGUUGAAGCGCCGUUUUGUACAAUAUGAUUAUACAGUUUGCUGUACAGUUAAAAAAAAAAAACAUUUUAAAACUACAAAAAAAGACUAUUUAUUUUUACCAUUUUGUAAUGUAGACACUAUACUGUGGCUUCAAUAUUGCCAGACUUACUGGAAGUGCCUAUUGGUAUGUAUCAUACAUGAAUAUAUUUGAAGAUCAUUAGAAAUUGUCACAAUCUGAUCUGAGUUGAUGUUAU